AUCUGAACCUGCGAACCCUGGGCUGCCAAAGCAGAGCAUGGGAACCCAACCACUAUGCUGCUGGAACGGCCCCAAAUUUGCCAGCAUUUAAUGGAGACAGCAAACAUUCUUAGCCACACAACUGCUUUAAUUUUAGGACUCUGGCAUUCUUUUUGUUUCAAGAAGUCUCCUACUAAUAUUGUUGAAAAUUGACACAUUGAGGAUGUACGGGAUUUAGUAGUCAGGAUUCUGCUUGUCACUUGCUGAAGGAUCUAGGGAAGUCACUCACCCACUCUGAGCUUCAGUUUUACUCAUUGAUAAAAGGGGCACAAUAAUACCUGUCCUGCUUGCGUCCCAGGGUGGUUGUGAAAAUCCACUGAGAUCGUGGCAAGUAAAGUGCUUUAGAAAUUAGACACAUAAGUUUCUUAUUUACAGUUGAUGUUAGUAUGGGAGGGGCAAGUGCUAUGGACCUCUCCCAUUAAAUAUUGAUGGGGUUUCUUUCCCGUGGUACAAAAAGAAAAAACAAAAAAGUUGUACCUUUAGAAUCUUGUUUCUUGUUUAGAAAAGGAAUCGUACCAGCAUUUGGGGAAAAGCCUUUUUAUUGAAACUUCUGGUAGGUGUUAACUGAAGGCACUCGGUGUAUGUUAAGGAUAUCUAGCCAACACGUGCCCUUGUAAAGGAGGCAAGCUGCUCUUUGACCAUCUUUGUUGAUUUGUGUCAGAAACUAGAGAGGGGAGAGCUGCAGGGACACCCUCCUGAGGAGCCCAGUGUGUUGGAGCAGUUGUCACCCACAGUGUCUGUCCCUUCUCUGAUCUCUUCCUGAGAUCGCUUGGCAGUUCCCACAUGUGCCGGGGCCUCUCCUGUGCAGUGGUGUCACUCUUGACCUGUGCAGGGCUUUUCCCUAAAACCGCAGCUCAUGGUUCAAGGACAGAGACAUGACUUACAGGUACUUGUGUCUCCUGGUUUCCAGCAGUAAAUAUUUAUUAAAUGAAACUUGGCUCAGGCUGCCUAUCAAGGCGAGGAGGAAGUGGCACCUCCUGGCAGGUUUUGUCCUCCAGGAAGGGUACCUGUUCCUGUGUAAUUGAAAGGAGACCCCACCAGAGUGAAGACUGUCUCACCCUUUCACAGAGAUCAGGUGACAGUGCUGGGCUGUGGGUGUCAGAGCAAGGGCAUCACAGCUUAAGAAAGACGUGAGAAAUUAGGAGACCCAUCAGAGGACAGCUGUCAUGAAGAUAAGGAGUUUGGAAAAGAAGAUGUAGGAGGAGGGGAGGGAAGUACUGGGAUUAUUUAAACCUGACAGGAGGAGCCUGAAGAAAGCGUGACAGGUGGUUGAUUUUUGAACAUACGUGGGGUGAUCAUAUAAAGCAGAGCUUCUCAGCCUUUUUCGUGCCAAGGCGCUCUUAGGAAGAGAUCAUAUUUACAGGGCCCACAAGGGCACUCGGAUGAGGCUGCACAAGACGAGAUUCUGCCCUGGGCUUUGACACUCCUGGGUCCCACCUGCCACCCGAGGGCUGAGGGGAUCAACAGCUUAGCACAAUGCAAACUAUCCCUGCCUUUGGGCAGUAUAUGGACUGAAUGUUUGUGUCCCCCCAGUUCACAUGUUGGAACCUAAUCCCAAUGUGAUGGCAUCAGGAGAUGGGGCCUUUGGGAGGUGGUUCGGUGAUGAGGGUGGAGCCUCAUGAAGAGGAUUAGUGUCCUCAUACAAGAGACCUCACAGAGCUCCCUCACCCUCUUUUUCCACCACGUGAGGUUGCAGGGAGAAGGCAAGUGUCUGUGAUCCAGGAAGUGAGCCUGGCCAGACACUGAAUCUGCUGGUGCCUUGAUCUUGGACUUCCCAGCCUCCAGAAGUGUGAGAAACAAAUGUUUGUGGUUUAAGCCUCCCACUCUGUGGUAUUUGUUACAGCAGCCUGCACCAACUAACGGAUGUGUCCACGUGUAGAGGGUGGGGACUGUCUGUAUUUUAGGUAGAGUAAGAAAAAGUGGGGUCAAAAUAAAGGAAAGAUUGAAAAAAAAGGAGAAAAUGCUUUAUUGUUGGAUUUGAAAAUGCUGGAUUAUGUCAAUGCAAAAUAACCAAUAACCAUUUUAUAAAUAAGAGAAAUAAGGUGAGUUUAACUUGAGCCAGAGUGAGGAUUAUAACCCAGGAAGGCCUUUCCCAGAAAGAAAGAAAGCAUUCCACAGAAGCAUGAUUUUCAGUACAGACUUAUAUCUUUUUAGAACAAAGAACAUCCAUUAAACGUGCCCAGGAUACAUUUUUAUCAAAGUUUCAGAGGUAUUCAGUUGCAAACUAGCAGCUCAACAUGAUCCUGAAGUCAGGAAAGGGAACUUAUUUUAGCAGUUCCAACGAGGGCGUUACCAAUAGCGCAUAAGGCGGGGAAGUGUGCAUUCUUAUCUUAAGAGCUUGCACUCUUCACUUUAAUGGUUAAAGCAUAUGUACAGUGCAUGUUUGAGGGGCCGUAAGGUAGUCUUCUUGAGUUCAAGUCAAAUCAAUUUUGAACACAAAUAGUUACCCCAUAUACCUCAAUGUGAAAAUCUCUUGUCAUUUGGUUUGUCAAAAGAUGUGCGUGUUUGUGUGUGUGUGAGUGUGUACUGUGUCUGAAAGUCUUUACGCAGCUCAAGCUUCACUAACUUCAGAAAAAUAAGUGCUACAGACUUACCCCCAAGAUCAUUUGAAGGUACAAUUAUUCACAUUUAUAUUUUAUUUAUCUAGUUUUGUGAAUGUUGAAUAAUGAAUUAUGCAUUUAAUUAUUUGAGUCAUCCUCUCUGAAGAUGCUAAAGGCUGACUGAAAAAAACCCCUAAAAUUUGCUAUUCAGUAUUCACAAAACUAAAAUGUAGAACAUUUAAGUUGUGUAUCUGGGUUCAUGUAAGGAAAAAACAUUGUAUAGAAAGGAUAGAUUUGGGGAUGAUUACGAUCCUGAGUGUAAAUGUCUGGGUACAAGCAAAAAUUCUGGGCAGUAUCUCAGACUUGCAAGGCAUUAGAAUUGGUGAGACCCAAGUCCAGUUCUCCAAAGAGUAAAGGUGGACCAAGGUGAUAUCUGGGGUACAGACGGUACAAGCAGAAAAUUCCAUUAAGUAAAUAUAUUAUCUGAUGAAAAGGUGGAGUUGGAAAAUAGGACUACAGGCAGUGUCACCCCGGGCCCUCCAGGACUAGUUCAACUGACACCAUCUCUUAUCAACAGAGUGACUAAGAAUUAUCCUUCAGACAAUCUUCAGAGUCAUGUAGCCAGAGCAUGCACAAAAGACGUCUUGACCUGAAAUGACUGCAGAACCACGGAUCCCCCUUCCCAUGGAACCCAAGGACUGGGACACAACGGAAACUUAGAAGUCAGACUCUUAUCACAAGCAAGGGGUCCCUCAUUCAGGAAGAUUUGGUGUUAAAAUUCCUUCCCCAUCUCAUCAUAAAUGUUUACAACCCUAUCAUAAAAGUGUAGAACCUCAUCAUAAAUGUUCAGAACCCCGUCAUAAAUGUUUAAAACCUUACCAUAAAUGCUUGAAGCCCACCGAUCAAAACCCACCCGUGCCACCAGUGUUUCAAGGUGCCACACUGUUCUCCCUAACCUCUUAAAUUUCCCCAAAUUCUGAAUCAGGGACACAGAUCUGAGGGCACAUGCCCCCUGUUCUCCCUGCAGAUGGAUCUUUCAGAAUAAAGCUGAUCUCUUUUCCCAAAGGCUGAUGCCAUAAUUAACUGGCUAUUUCUGUGCAUUGGGCAAAAGAACCCCACUUUUGUGUGGUAACAUUAGCAGGUCAGAGGGACCUAGAGGGCCCAGGAGGAGUGGAGAGAUCUGCCAGUCUGGUGGGUGGGGGAGGACUUGUGGGCACACCCUCUUCAUGUCCCCUCCCCGACCCUCAGAAACCCUUUGUUACUCUUCUGUACUCUGUGAUGCAGGCCUGGGACUAUAGGCAAGCACUGGCACUCUCAGAGCUCAGUUGCUUCAGGCAGCCUCGCGAUUCAGACAAUGGAGUUCAGCCAUUGGAAUGUUCUCUCAUUUCUGAAUAGCUCUAUUGAGUUGUGUCUGAGCAUCUGCUCAGCAUUCUUAGAUACUGACCCCAACCUCACCUUCCUGUGUGGGUUGUGGUUGCUUCUUCUGUUCCUGUGCUACCUGGUGGGGAUUCCAUCUUUACCAACCUUCUGGAAAACCAAAGCUUUCCAAAAGGUAAGGAAUGCUGGGCAAGCCCGUAACAGUGAUUCUUUAUUGUUGUUUCUGUCUUUAUCCCCAUAUUUUAAAAGGAGUUUGGUUGGCUCAGAGAGACACCUAAGAUGGGAAGUCUGAGUAGAGGAGGGAGUAGCAUCCUUCUAGGAGCAUAGACCAGGCAGGGCUAGGUGUUCAGCAGGGAAUGUUUCCCUUUGAAGCUCACAGACCAUCUGGGUGUAGUGGAGGAUUCUGGGAUAAAAUCCCCAACAGUGAUUUCAUGGCCCCAGAUUGGGUUAUUUAGAGAGUUUGGGAUCUCUGCAGGAGAACAGAGUUCCCAACACUGGAUCAUGAGUCACAUUCGCAUGUCAGGCGUCAUUUUUAUCUGGCUGAUCAGAAGAGCAGGGCUGAGCCUCUGAGCAGAGGCUGGAGUCUGAGCUCUGUCCAGGACACAUGGUCUAUCUGAGGGACCACAGGCGUGUCUGUUGACCUCAGAGUCUAUGCCCUCCUUGAGCAGAGGACUUCUGACUCAGAAUACCAAGUUGUAGACCUCAUAGACAAAAUCUUUCUUCGAGUUGUUCAAAGAAGGAAAAAUGGAAAUACUUUAUCAUUAAAAAAAUUAAUAACAGGAAGGAACACAAAGUUCUGUUCAUUAAAGUAGGCAUAUUAUUCAUGGAUAAUGAGUAUCUGAGUUUCCUAGAGAGAGAAGGGAGAGAAAUGAGUCCCAGCUUCUGAUUCUUUUCUUUUUGUUCUCAGCGUAAGGGCACAGCCAAGAGGAGAAGGAAAGGUGGAACAUCAGGAGGUAAGUUUCUGCUUAUUCCAUCUAAGCUCUCCAAGGAUGACUCUUCCUGUCCUUUCCAUGAGGUCCCAGGUCCAUGACUUCUGAGGAUGUCAGUUGCUAGCUACAGUCCCUGUCAGAAAACAGAGCCCUCAGAGGAGAGGCUCAUGGGAAGGCAGUCAGAACCUGAAACGCUUCUCAGAUUCCUGCUCUGCUCACCUCUGGGCAUGGAGCAGUGAUGAAUCUGGACAAUGGGUGUUGCCCAAUAGGUGGCCAUGUUAGAUGUCAAGAGUCAGAGCUUCUGUCUCCUGACCUCGUGAAAGUAUUUUGACUUCCUGAAUGAUCAGAUUCGUCUUUGAGGUAACCAUUGACCUGUGCUCCUCACAUGGUGGUUUCGAGCAUCACAUGAGAUAAUGUAUGUGAAGGUACUUUACAAAUGAAGCAACAUACGCCUAUGAACCUUGUUAAUAUCAUUGACCAUUUGACCUCAUCUGCUGAUUCUUGGGGCCUUCAGAGUUUAAUGUCCCAAAGGUCUCCCAUAAAGGGACUCCUAUGGGAGUCCAUACUAACACCUAUGCUUCUACCCACUCCCUCCAUAACCCACUCUCCUGAUUUCCCAGGUCGCAGACAUUACCAGAGGGAAACAGAGGACAUAAGCUGAUUUCCAUUCUGAAAAGGUAACCAGUCUUUCCACUUCUUUCCUGAUCCCUCUUUAGCAUGUUCUGUGCAAUUCCAGGGAUUCAGUGCAGCCUGCCCUAGUCAUGCGAGGGGGUUGCCAUAGGAACGGGUAUGUGAAUGAAGGCCUUGGGGUGAGGGCUGCUGAGUGUGUUGUGAAGUCAUGGAUGUGGGGCAAUGUGAAGGGGCAGCAGGCUUCAGGUGGCCCCUACCCCCCCAGGCCAGCAGGUCCUCAUUUCUUUCUUCUGGUCCUGGCUGCAGCUUUGUACCUCCUGUCUCCCACAGCCCUUCAGGCCAGCAUCAUGAUACCACCUGCUUUCAUCAACUGUUAUUUCCAGACCCCUCCUCUGAGGUGUGUAAUAGCACAACUGCAGAAGUCAAUCGGCUGCUGUUCCUGGAGGACCUGGAAGAUGAUACCCUCUCUGUGUCCUCUUUGGCUUCCACAGCUGCUGUGACUGAGUCAUCAUUCACUCUGUCCUCUGCCUUCUCAGAAGUCCCUCCAGGAGGCCUAACACCAGCCUCUCCACCUGAGACUUCCCCAACACCCCCCUCCAUUCUUUCACCUAACCCAAUGACACCCUUAGCUGACUUUCAUUCGCCCUCACCAAUGGGUCACUCUCUGCCACCAGCACCUUUUCCUCCCUUGGAUUCCGAAUUCCCAAUGGACCAUUCUCCACCCCAACCCCUUGUCUGUCUCCCUCUGUGACCACAUGACACUUAGACAGUGGAUCCUGUUCUCCAACCAGAGGCCACUUUGUCCAUGCAUACCAUCUUGUCUCCUGACUCAGCCCUUUCCCAAGAUGUCAAACUCUUACCAAAGUUGUCUGAGACAAUGGAUCCCACUGAUUCAUUGACUUCUCAUCACACACCACCAACCCUGUCUGUUUCAUCAUCACAAGACAGCGCUUUAACUGUGACUCAAUCUGAUUCAAUUUCUACCUUAUUGAAUCCUGUGCUGGAGAACUCAUCUCUGGAUAGCCCUGGUGGGUUUUCUAAUUGUGUCCCACCAAUCAAAGGCACUGACCAUUCAAGCCUCUCAGUUUCAGAAUUCUCCCCAUGGGAAGCUCAUGCCAAAGACUUGUUCCAUUCCACUUUGGCACAAUGUGAUUUCAAUCAAGAAUUUCUUGCCCUCCACUCUUUAGAGGGCUUUUUGAGGGGAGACCCUGCCAACAACCUUGUGGAUCUUGGUAACCUCCCAUUUCUCAGCCCUGAUGUCCUGGCACUCUUGGAGAGACAAGUCCAAAAUAGGAGUGAUUUUCUGAUGAGGGGUUCUUUUCCAAAAGAACUUAGGCCAGACUACCAAUUAAAUUCUUCAGAGAAAAUGUUGGAGUCAAUUGCUGAUAAGCAUGACUCAGCAUUCUCCCUUCCUUUUUGGAGCAGCAAAGGGAAACCAAAGGAGCUGCUUGUGCACCAGCAGCCCCCAUAUCCUAAGACCUCAGAGGACCAUUUACAACAAAAACACGUCCAGCUCUUCUCGGGUCUCCCAUCCCUGAACAUUGAGUCCUUGGCCCCUGCUGACCAUGUCUCAGGUGACUGUUCCUCAAUCUUCAUUUUCACAACAAUAUUUAAUGCCUCCCCAGCUGAAGAAUCUCCAGUACUUUCCCAUCGUCUACCUUUGUCCUCGCCUGAGAUCCAGCCUCAAGCCUUGCCUCAAACCCUGUCCCAGUCCAAGCCCCUACCUGUCACUCAGGUCCAGCCCCAGGCCCACUUUCAGUCCCUACUCCCAAUCCUACGAUCUGGUCCUCUACCUGAGACCAAGAUCUGUGGAGUGUGUUUCCAUAGACCACCGAAUGAGUCAGAGUCUCUCGUUCCAUCUGAAAUUCAACACCUGGAAUGGAAUGUGUUGGAGAAGCAACAAGAAAGUUUCUGGGGUUUACCCUCUGUGGUCCAAAGACCUGGGGAAGACAUUUGUCCAUCAGCUGCCAACUCUCCUUACCCCCAGGCCUCGCAGGCCCAUGUUUCAAUCUCCAUCCUUCCUGGAGAGUUUCCUCUCACUGAUGAGCUUCGGAAGAAACUAGACCAUCACCUUUGAAAGAGGCUCAUCUGGCACCGGUGGGGCCUGCCCAGCAGGAUCCAUGAGUCUCUGUCACUGACGAGGCCUCCAAGAGAUUUUUCAGAGUUACCUGAGUCAGAGUGCAAUCAUGGACUCCCAUGGGUCUCUGUGAACAAAAAUCUAAAUGUUGGAUUGAGCCAUCCUGGAAGCUUCCAUGAGAGGGGCUCAGAAAUGCUUCAGCUAGAGAAGGACAUGGGGAAGGAUCAGGGACAUAGCCCAGAGAAUGGCCCAAAAGAUCAUCUGUUGAGUGACCUGGACAGAUUUUCAGAUAAGGAUCAGGGCUAUGACUUUGAGGAAGACCUAAGUAGUCACAAGGCGAGUCUGUCAGGGAAAAAUUCAAGCUCCUCAAGUGGGAGUCUAUAUCAGAAACAAGUUGAAAAUGUCCUGAAAGUACAUUUGAGCAACAAGUUUGAGUAAAUCAACGAGGGUCGGCUCCCUGGGACUGUGCAUAGUUCAUGGCAUGCUAUCAAGCAAUCAUUGCAGAUUUCUGUGAAAUCCCACACCCAAAUAACACAGAGAAGUAUGCCACCAUCAGCGGGUGGGGAGCACUGCCUGAAUACCUUCCAGCAGCUUUCCUUCAUUGAUUCCAGUGCACAACAGAUGCUGGAAGCCCAUAUUAAAAUGUUUCAUAUGAGGAUGCUGUGGGGCCUUCCCUGCAGGGCCCUUGAAUCCAUAGAGAUCUUUAAUUUGAAAGGUGCAGCAUCCCUUGUCCCAUUCCCACCUUCCCUCCUCAACCAACGUGAUUGCUGAGGUGGACUCCAAAUCUGGGGGCUUCAAGCCCCUUAGAGGAAGCUCUAAAUCUGUUCCUCAAGACAAAGUGGGAACAACAAAUUCAGCCCCUGUCCUGGAUCAUUCUCACCCUGACACCUCACCUGUUGGCCAGGAAGGACAGGGGACCUUUAGACAAUCACCCUCUGAUAUCAAUCAAGAGCUUGCAGAGGAUGUUCAGAGAAUUAUGGGUUCCAGACAGACUCUUUUGCCUGUCAGACACAUCAUCACAGACAAAGCCAGUCAGAGACUUUCUCUCCUAGGGAGAGGCCGGAUAUGAGCCAAAGGGGAAGAGUAUGAGUUCCAGGGAUGGAGUAGAAACAAGACAGGGCAAAAAGAUGGAGAAGAGGUCAGAACCUUUCGCCACCCUCAGUGUGUCCAGGGAGAUAUUCAGGGCCAAGGAGCUCGAUGUGCUGCAGUCAAGAACUAGUGACAUCUUGACAACCAGCAAGCCAGGAAGCUCCCAAAUGAUGAGUGAAGUAGAAACUACUGGGACCACUGAAAGGCCCCCACCAAAAAGACCAGUUGCCCAAGACCCUAAAUCAUCAUUCCUUAAAGAACAGCUGUUUAAGGAAUUAAAGUCUAAACUGGAGAAGAGGAAUCAGAGCCAGGUCCAAGGCCAAGCCCACUGACAGGUCCCUUGCCUCAGAGAGCAUGAUUUACAAGGCCUCACUGACUCAUGCACAGGGUGUCUCCACUGGGGACAUGGGAGCUUCCCAAGUGCUACAUGUCCAUUUGGAGGACAGAGGAAUCAGCAUGGAGCAGCAGCAGGAGCCUUGGGUCCCUAAGCAAGUCUUAAGGAGGUGCCAAGAUAAGGAUUUCGCACCAGUUUCAAAGAGAGCAAGCCCUCAGGGCCCUAAAGCAGAAGAGCUUGGUGGAGGGGAUGCAGGGUUGGGGACAGCCCAACCUAGAAGGAAGAGUUUCCUUACCCAGAACAAGGCAUUAGAGGAGAUGGUUGGGAGCAAGUCUUCCCAGAUCCCAUCACAGAAGGGACAGCCUCCUCCUGAAAACCUCUUCAGGAAAAAGAGGAACCACAUUUUGCAAUGGCUUCAUCCUGGGACAAAAGGCAAAAGCCAAGAAAAUUCCCAGGAAAAGGGCAGCCCCAUAUCAUCGGCACAGAGCAGAGGCCUAGUUAAAAGGAGAGCUGCCAUUAUUGGGACGACCACAGCUCAGAAGACCAUGAUGGUCCCUGAGAAGUUCCCAGAGGAGAAACUGGGGCAUCAGCAUGCAACAGAUGUCACCUGCCAUCAAGAGCCCUUCCUUCCCUGAGGAAGUAUGGGAAAACUCAGCAGAAGGCAGAAGUGCAGGCCCAGGCAGAGGCCAUCCAGGGACAUCCUUCUAACUACAGGGCCCCCUCCUGUAAAGUGACAAACACCAAGUCUUGCCACCAAGAAGCUGGCUUUGCUGGCCAGAGUGAUCCUACUAGUGUUAGACAGAUCAGAGAUGAGAACUGAUACCCCCAGAAAGUUGUAGCCUUUAGGGAUCAGCUACUGGGCCAGAAGCAUCCCUCAUCCGUGCCCCGCAGGGAGCAUGUGCACCAUCCAAGUCCCACCUGCAGGGGUCAAGCCAGCCAGGGCCCUCCAGCCACUCUCACCACUGCUGAAGGCACUGUUUUCAGAGAUCUGUCUCUGCUAUUUCAACAGAAAAUGCUUCUCCAGCAUUUUCAAAGAGGAAAACUUCCUGCCCCCAAGUAAUUCCUUCUCAUGGAGAAUUCUCCCCAAUAAUGAUUCUCUGAUAAUAGUGAAGUCUUUUCUGUGUGCUGUGUUGGAGGCAUGGGUUUUGGGUAAUUCAGGGCUUGUGCUUUGGGAAAGGAAGAGUUAGUCCGGCUCUUAUUGAUUGCUUCCUUUGGUUUCUAACAGGUGACCAGCCCCCUGGAGCUCUUGUUGACAGAGAUAUGACGUGCCCCCCAAAGCCCAUUUCCUCCCUGAUGAGUUUGAGAUAGGCUCUGUCUCCUGCCUCUUAGCUUAGCCUUAAUGAAAAUGUAGAGCAGCCCACACCUUCCCCUCACUGAAUGUUUUAUAAGCUUUAGAGCAGUAGGGAAGACAGGUCUUCUAUAUCCUAAGAAAGUGAAGGACAGGUGUAUUUUUCAGAAAAUAACGGUGAAGAAGAAACAUUGGCUUCAUCAUGAUUUAUAAGUCAGUGACCGGAGGACCCUACAGCUGGGUGAACCCUGGAGGGAAGUGUUUGGGGGUUACUGCUGCAGUGCAUCCUGGGCUGGUGGGGGAGGGGCUAGGAACAGCAUAGAUGCUGCUUAAGAAUCUGUCAUGUGGGUCAUGUUAAUGUAUUGAGGAAGCAUACUUUAGACUUGACACUGAAUUUUACUUACUGGAAAGGCAGCUGGGGAAGUGGUUCCCCUCCCUGAGUAUUUCUUCAGAUUACUGAUUGAUGACAUUUUGUUGCAAAGCAAAAUCAUCACUUAGCUGUCAGUAGUAGCAAUGUUGACCAGGCAGCCACCUACCUCCCAGGGUAAAAUAAAGCUGAAAGUAAGGAAAAGAUGCCUUAGAGGGAGUGGGAAGAUAAGAAGAACUGAAGAAGGGAAAGAAUGACGUGGCUGGUGGAACAAAGGUUUAUGCCUCAUCAUCCAUAUUGUGACCCUGUCGUGUUCCCCCCGCCCCCUCCUCAAUCUGAUCCAGGCACCACCUACUUGAGGCUAAUCUGAGCACUGCACAGCACACUGAUGCCUUAUUCCAAAAAGGCACGCACUGUUCUUUGGGCAUUAAAACAAAAUCUCCAGGGAUGUCAUCAGUCAUGGCACCCCCCAGUUGGAGAAGGUGAUCUUGGUGCCUUCCUUCCAUCCAUGCUUGAUGGAAAUACACAAGAUCUUGCCCUUACUGUGUAAAGUUCACGUUCAGGAUGGAGGUGCCUCCUUUGAUAUUCAUGGCCUUGGUGGAGCCAUGGUUGGUCUCCCUCAGAACACCUGCAGCUCAUGAACCAGAGGCGAGUCCCAGACUAUGCACCAGGUUACAGAUGUUUGGGGGAAUCACCAUGGACUGCACACAUACCCACCCUUACAAUAGGGUCUGGACGAAAGGCAACUCCACUUGUAUAGACUGGGACUCAAACAUGGGGUGAGUGUCCUAGAGGCACUUGAGGUAGUUAUUCCAGAAAGACUUGUGAAUCCUAGGUCUUAAAAGAAAGAACAAAACCUAUGUCCACCACAGCCCUCUCUCACUCCACACUUAUAUUUUCUUGUCCAGAGUUAUGCCAUUGACCCUCCAAUGUGUGAAGCUUAGGGUCAAAAAAGAAUGCAGAUUCUGUAGAGGGCCUAGGAGGGACAAAAGGUGGGACAGGGCCCAGGGCAGGGAACUAGAAGAGGUGAGGAGGCAGUGGAGGGCACAAAUAUCCAUGUGGAUGGACCAGUCAAUAGCCCGACCCCUCAGAUCCUACAUCAUCUCAUUUUAGGGUCCUGUCCUCCUAUUCCAGGGCAGUUACUGCCACACUCCAGGUCUUAUAACCAGGAACACUUCUGACAUCAGGAUCAGCACAGUGUGACAUUCCACCAUUUGGCCUCAUCCCUGAUUCUUCUGAUUUAAAGUCCCCUUAAUCUUAAAUCCAGGUCAUUCAUCU